CCAGGUAUCUGUUUACUGUUUAUAGUAUACAUAGAUCACAUGAUCACACACUCUGUUGUGAGAAGGGUGAAGGUUCUACUAAAAGAGGUAUGUUUCAAUCUUAUGGUAUAUUGAAGCAUGGUGUAUAAUGAGUACUGUGUUCAGGACAUUCGAAGCUGAAUAUUUGUGUUUCAGGAUUAGAUUUGAACAUGGAAAGACUCCCUGUAGAGGUGACAGUGGUACGCUCUCAGCCUGGUCCAGUUUCUGAUGGUCAGUGGAGCACAGGACUGUGUGAAUGUUGGGGGGACAUGGGCGACUGUUGCUUUGCUCUCUGGUGUUUGCCUGUGUUUGCAUGUAAGACGAGCAGAGCUGCAGGAGGAUGUAUGUGUUUGCCUCUGCUGGACUGUGUGAGCUGCGUACCUCCAGCAUCCCUCGCUAUGCGUGCUGCAGUAAGAGAACGCUACGGCAUAGAGGGCAGUCUUUACAGUGAUUGUUUCUACGGCUGCUGUUGUUAUCCUCUGUCCUGGUGUCAGAUCUCCCGAGAGAUUAAGAGAAGAGCGGCUGCACUGUCCAACGCCCAGUCGUCCUCACGCUCUGCUUCCUCAUCUAAAAGAUGGCAUGUGCCACUGGUCCGUCUAUCUAAUGCUCACCUUGUGUAGAACACAAGCACACACACACCUCUUAAACGACACCACAGUCUGAAAGAUUACUCAUCAUAACAGAGAUUAAGAAGCUGGUGAAUGGAUGGUCUGUUGUUGUAAAUGUGUUGACUGAUACCUGGUCUGUCCAGUUCAUCUGAAUAGAAAAGUUGUUACUACAAAACACUUUCUCGGGGUUUGUCACAGCCAAAAAAUGUUGCAUGACACAAUUUAUCCUUAUGAAACCUCUUUGUGAACUCUUCCCUACUGAAUUUUGAAGAAUGCUGUCUUUCUAUGUGUGGCAUAGUUGUGAAUGUGCAAUGUUAACCUUUGGUAUGGGCACAUAUGCAGGUGUAAUAUCUAUGGCCAUUUAUAAUUUAAUUUUUUUGAUCUAUUCAUUUUUACUUCUGUUCCAUUUACUCUUCCUUUGUAUCUAUUGUGUAUCUGUUGUAUCUGUAUGAAUACUUUGAAUACAGUUUUGUUUGUUGGCAGAAAUCCAGUGAGCUUUCAUGUUAAAAUAAAUUGCAGUAACAUUUAAAGACUUAAAGGCUUUUAAAGAUACAAAACAGAUUUAUGAAGUUAUUCCCUAAAUAUCCCUUAAGCAUUUUCUUAUACAUACUUUAAGUACUGCUUAUUGAACAUUACAAGGUUACUGGGUCCUUUUUCUUUAUUGAAAUCACUACAUAGUAAUUUUUUUAUCAGUUUAUAGUUAUAUUUAAUGUUGUGAAAUGUCCAUGAAACAAGCUGCUGUUAUGACUUUCAUUAUACCAGCCUCUCUCUCUUUUCUCUAUCUCUUGAGGCUAAAAUGAAGAAAAAUUGCAGCUUGUAAUAAAAAUUGAA